AUGAUGGAGCCGCCCCUCGCCGGCGGCGGCAUAGGCGGCCACCCCGAGGACGGGGCGGCCUACGCGACGCUGCUCAACACGGUGGAGUCGCUGCAGGCGGACCUGCAGCAGACGAUCACGACGUGCCACGGCCUGCGCGAGGCGAACGCGCAGCUGAACCGCGAGCACGAGGCGACCAAGGCCGAGCUCGCGCGCCAGCGCGAGAAGGUCUCGGCGAACCGCGGCGAGCUCAUCCGCGCGUCCAAGGCGAAGAUCGAGGCGGACCGCCACACGGAGCUGCUCGUGAGCAAGUGGAAGGUGCAGCUCGACGAGCGCACGCGCGAGCUCGAGGAGCUCCAGGGGAAGCUCGUGCCCCAGGACCUCGACAUGCUCCGGAUCCAGGUCCAGGAGGAGCUCGAGGCGCCGCACCAGCAGAAGAUCGCGGACCUCGAGGCCCAGGCGCGGUCCUUCCAGCAGAUGUUCUUCAAUGUGCGCCGCGAGCUCGAGCGGUCCAAGACCGAGUUCGAGCAGUUCUCGGGCUACGAGGCCGCCGCGCGGCGGAACGACGGCGAGCGGGCCGCCGCGGAGGCGCGGUCGCUCCGCGCGCGGAUCGCGGAGCUCGAGUCGGGCCAGGGCGCCGGCUCCCUCGCCGAGGCGGAGGCGAACGGCCGGCGCCUCGAGGGCAAGGUCGUCGGAUUGGAAGUAGCGAACCGCGAGCUCCGGGCCGAGUGCGACGCGCUCCGGAAGGACGGCGAGCGCGCCGCCGCGGACGUCGCCGACGCGCUGGCCGCCAAGGCCAAGGCCGGCGCGGCCGGGGUCGAGGAGCUCGCGGGCCUGCGGAGCGCGGUCGCGGCGCUCGAGCGCGACCUCGCGGACGCGCUCCGGAGCAAGGAGGCGCUCGCGCGGUCCGUCGACGACGGGAAGCGCCAGGUCGCGGCCCUGGCCGACGACGCGGCGGCGGCGGCGCGGGCCGAGGAGAAGCGCGCCAAGGCGCACCGGUCCCGCGUCGACGAGCUCGAGUCGCGGGUCCUCGAGCUGACGCGCGACCUCGACGCCGCGCGCCAGGACGCCGCGCGCGACGAGGAGUCGUUCCGCCGCCGCCUCGAGGCGCUCGAGAGCGACGCGUCAACGGCAAAGCGCGCGGCCUUCGAGGCGCGCGUCGAGUGCGACUCGACCGUCGCCGCGGCGCGGUCCGAGUGCCAGGCGCUCGUCGCGAGCCUCGAGGAGCGCGUCGUCGUCCAGGACCUCGACAAGACCGACCGCGACAAGAAGCGCCGCGCGGAGGACGCGGCGCGCCUCGACGAGACGCGCAAGCUCGAGGCCCAGCUCAAGGUCGCCGCCGCGAACGCCGCGCGCCUCGAGGCCGAUGCGGAGCGGGGCCUCAAGCCCAAGCUCCUGCAGCUCGCCGACGACAAGGCCAAGGUCGAGGGCGAGCGCGACGGCCUCCAGCGCAAGCUCGACGUCCUCGUGGGCGCCCAGGACGCGGCCCUCAAGGCGCGCGACGACGCGGACCGCGCCGCGGGCGAGCUCGCGGCCGCGAAAAAGGCGCUCGCGGACCUCGAGCGCGACGCCGCGGACCUCAAGGCCGACAAGGAGCGCAUGCGCGAGGCCCACGCCAUGGCCCUCGGCGAGCUCAAGAACCAGGUCGCCAACGACAAGCUCAACGUCGCCGCGGCCAUCCGCGCCGAGACGGAGAACAUCCGCCGCCAGGCCGAGGAGCAGCUCCGCCGCGAGCGGAAACGCGCUGCAACCUACAAGGAGAAGUGCCUCGCGGCCCACGAGCGCGAGAAGCGCGCUACCGCAACGCUCAAGACCGUCUCCCGGAACCAGGCCGCCGACCGCGUCGACGCCAUGACGACCCUCGGCGCGCCCGCGGGGAACUGA